AUGGCCUCCUCGACGAGUUUCACUGGGAUGGAACGCGCCUCCCACCGCUUUGUCGGCCUUGUUAUCAUCUCUCUUCUGAUCUUCGCUGGCACAUAUACUUGCUUGUGGCCUGCGAAGGAGGACUCAGUGCUCUUCUCCUGGUUCCAGCGCGUACCGAUCACGAGAAAAGCUGCACCAAAAGAUGAGUUAGAAAUAGCCCUUCGAAGAUCUUCCAUGAAAAACAGAACUCUGAUCAUCAGUGUACUGAACAAGGCGUAUGCCGAGGAAAAUGGAUUGCUAUAUCUCUUCCUUAAGAGCUUAAGGGAAGGAGAGGACACAGAGUCCCUGAUCAAACACCUUCUACUUGUUGCCGUAGACGAGACGGCCUUUAACCGCUGUAAACACUUAAAUCUCCAUUGUUUCCUGCUGAACACGACAAACACGAGCCUCUCGAGAGAGCAGCUCUUCAUGUCUGAGGGUUUCCUCGCAAUGAUGUGGCAAAGAAUCUGCCUUCUUGGAGAUGUUCUCAAGCGUGGAUACAGCUUUAUUUUCACGGAUAUGGAUGUAUUGUGGCUGAGGAAUCCAUUCUCGGAACUGAACCGAGAAGAAGACAUGCAAAUGAGCAUCGAUAUGUUCAAUGGCAACCCAUACGAUGAUUUCAAUGGCAUCAACACUGGAUUCUUCUUCGUCGCCUCGAGUAACAAAACAAUAGCUUUGUUUGAUGAGUGGUAUGCCUCGAGGAACAACUCGAAGGGUGUAAAAGAACAAGAUGUACUGAACCACAUGAAAUCUAAAGGUGCAUUUAGGCGGUUAGGUAUGAAGGUGAGGUACCUGGACACGGCCUACUUCAGCGGGUUUUGCCAAGACAGCAGGGAUUUCAAGAAGGUGACGACCGUCCACGCCAACUGUUGCCGCACCAUGAAGGCCAAGAUCUCUGAUUUGAGCUCAGUCCUUCGAGUUUGGAAGAAAUUUGUUAAUGGAACGCUGAACGUGAAUUGGCCGGCACACACGGCAUGUCAUAAUUCGUGGAAGACAAAAGCUGCUACAGAGGAUAAGCUAGAAAAAGCUCUAAAAGGUGCUUCCAUGGGAAACAAGACUUUGAUCAUCACUGUACUGAAUAAGGCCUACGCAGAGGAGAACGGCAUGAUAGAUCUCUUCCUUAAGAGCUUAAGGGAAGGGGAGGAAACAAAAUUCCUGAUCAAAUACCUUCUCUUUGUUGCUGUGGAUCAGACGGCCUUUGACCGAUGCAAGAAAUUAGAUCUCCAUUGUUACCAGCUGAAUAGCAAGGGCACAAACUUAUCCACAGAGCAGCUCUUCAUGACCAGCGGCUUCAUCGAGAUGAUGUGGCAGAGAACUCGCUUUCUCGGAGAUGUUCUCAGGCAUGGAUACAGCUUUGUUUUCACAGAUACAGAUGUAAUGUGGCUAAGAAACCCAUUUCUAGAGCUAAACAAGAACACAGAAGACAUGCAAUUUAGUUGUGAUGGGUUUAACGGCAACCCAUUUGACGAUUUCAACGGCAUCAACACCGGAUUCUUCUACGUAACCUCGAACAACAAAACAACAGCUUUAUUCGAUGAAUGGUAUGCAUUGAGGAAUAACUCAAAAGGCAUGAAAGAACAAGAUGUGCUGAACCACAUGAAAUCAGAAGGCGCAUUCAGGCGGUUAGGAAUGAAAGUGAGGUACCUGGACACUGAGUACUUCAGCGGGUUCUGUUCGGACAGCAGGGAUUACAAUAAAGUGACAACCGUCCACGCAAAUUGUUGCCGUACUAAGAAAGCCAAGAUCGCCGAUCUCACUGCUGUUCUUGAUUCCUGGAAGACGUUUGACGCUACAUCGAAUAUCAUCUGGCCUGCACACAAAGCAUGCCAUGAUUCAUGGGAGGUGAGAACUAAGGUCAUAUUUGAUGCUUAUAAUACUAUAAAGGCUGGAUCACAAGAAACAACAACGCGCGCCCCAGAAGAUAAGUUAGAGGUAGCUCUACAAAGUGCUUCUAUGGAAAGCAAGACCUUGAUCAUAACUUUUCUAAACAAGGCAUAUGCAGAGGAAAAUGGCUUGUUAGACCUCUUUCUCCAAAGCUUUAAAGAAGGGGAUGAUACCGAGCACUUGAUCAAACAUCUUCUCCUUGUCGCUGCAGAUCAGACGGCUCUUGAUCGCUGCAAGCUUCUAAAACUCAAUUGCUACAAGCUCAACACAAUGGGAAGAAACUACUCCAAAGAACAGCUCUACAUGACCGAGGGUUUCAUCGAGAUGAUGUGGCAAAGGGUUCUCUUACUUAGAAAUGUUCUGCAGCAUGGGUACAACUUCAUUUUCACAGAUAUGGAUAUUGUUUGGCUGAAAAACCCGUUCACGAAGUUAAACAAUUAUAAGGAAGAUUUGCAAAUAAGCUGCGAUGGAUUCAACGGCCGGCCAUUUGACAGUAAUAACUCCGUUAACACAGGUUUCUUCUUCGUUGCUUCGAAUAACAAAACCAUUGCAUUAUUCGACGAAUGGUAUGGAUCGAGGAAUAACUCGCAAGGCAUGAAAGAGCAAGAUGUGCUGAGACAUAUGAUAUCUCAGGGCGCAUUCGGGAAGUUAGGUGUGAAGGUGAGGUUCUUGGACACAGCAUACUUCAGCGGCUUCUGUUCCGACAGCACAGAUGCUAAGAAGGUGACAACUGUACACGCAAAUUGCUGUCGCAGCGUAAGUGCAAAGCUUACCGAUCUGAAAGCCGUUCUAGAAACUUCGAGAGGCUUUAAUGGCUCAACAGUCACAUGGCCUGAACAUAGAGCAUGUAAAGAGUCGUGGAAGAGAGAUAUUACAAUUUAGCUCCGAUACGCAAUAUCUUGCUUCGCUUGUUUACUGUACAUCGAAGAAGAGCAGAGGGGAAGCAGCAUUACUCGGACAUCCUAAAUCAAGAAUAGCGCGUAUUAAUAUGCUAAGAGACUAAGUCACGAGUUCUGCGU